AUGCAAUCUCUCUACCUCUCUUCACUGCCUGCCUUUGAACAACCUUUUCUUACCCUCCUAAUCUCCUGUUUUUUGCUUCUGAUUCUGGUUCUGCUGCAACAAUGGUGUCACCAAACAGACAAACGCCGCCUGCCACCGGGCUCCAUGGGCUGGCCUUACAUAGGCGAAACUCUAAAACUCUACACCGAACAUCCUAAUACCUUCUUUUUCACUAGGAGGAAAAGGUAUGGGGACGUAUUCAAGAGCCACAUAUUGGGAUGUCCUUGUGUGAUGAUUUCGAGGCCGGAAGCUGCGAAAAGUGUUCUAGUGAAUCAAGCUCAUCUGUUUAAGCCUACAUAUCCACCAAGUAAAGAGAAGAUGAUAGGGCCACAAGCCAUAUUCUUUCAUCAAGGGGAUUAUCAUUUAAAACUCAAGAAGUUGAUUCAAGCUUCUUUCGCUCCCUCUGUUGUUAAAGGAUCAGUCUCAGCAAUUGAAGAAAUUGUUCUCAACUUUCUCCCCACCUGGGAAAACCAUGCCCUUAUUUGCACUUUACAAGAGAUGAAGAAGUAUGCUUUCGAAGUGGCGAUGAUGUCGGCCUUUGGAAACAACCCUGAACCAGAAAUGGAAGGAAUCAAACAUUUGUAUCAGAUCUUGGAGAAAGGUUACAAUUCAAUGCCUAUGGAUUUUCCAGGGACUCUAUUCAACAAAGCAAUGAAGGCAAGGAAGCAAUUGAACGAGGCCUUGAGGAGAUUGAUUGAGAAGAGAAGAGGAAAUAGUAAAUUACAUAAAGAUGGAGGGCUGUUGGGGUUUUUAAUGAGCGCUCAAGAGCAAAAGUUGAAUAAUUUAAGUGAUUCUCAAAUUUCUGAUAACAUAAUUGGUGUAAUAUUUGCUGCUCAUGAUACUACUGCAACUGUUCUAACCUGGCUGCUCAAGUACUUGCUCGAUAAUCCUCUUGUCUUACAAGCUGUCACGAGGGAGCAAGAAGGAAUUCAAAGCAAAUUAGUAGAAGAAAAUCGAGGGCUUACAUCGGAUGACACGAGACAAAUGUAUCUGACUAGCAGGGUUAUCCAAGAAACAUUAAGACUAGCGAGCAUUCUAUCGUUUACAUUCAGAGAAGCAGUUGAAGAUGUCGAAUUUGAAGGUUACAUAAUCCCCAAAGGUUGGAAGGUUCUUCCUCUAUUCAGAACCAUUCAUCAUUCUGCAGAUUUCUUCCCUCAACCCGAAAAGUUCGAUCCUUCAAGAUUCGAGGUGCCACCAAGACCUCACACUUAUAUGCCAUUUGGUAGUGGACUGCAUUCUUGCCCAGGCAGUGAGCUUGCUAAACUUGAGAUGCUCAUUUUCCUUCACCACUUCACUACCACUUAUAGAUGGAAAGUCAUCGGGGACGAGGAUGGUAUCGAAUAUGGCCCAUUUCCUGUGCCUAAAGGAGGACUACCAAUUGAAGUUCGAAGAAGGAAUUACAAACCGUAA